AGACUUCCCAAAGGACCAAUGACUCUGUUUCUUGUGCCCUUUCCUUUUUUCCUACUCUGUAACUAUGUCUCGAUCCCGCCAGGCCAAGCCUUCCAGACUAGUCAGGAAGGAAGAUCUAAACAAAAAGAAAAACAACCAACCAAAGAAUACAUCCAAACCGGCCAACAGAAAUGUGGUACCGGUGAAGACUGUGAACCCUGGAAAACUGAAGCAAUUAAUUCAAGAAAGAGAUGUUAAGAAAAAAACAGAACCCAAACCACCUGUGCCAGUCAGAAGCCUUUUGACAAGAGCUGGAGCAGCCCGGAUGAAUUUUGAUAGGACGGAGGUCCUCUUUCAGAAUCCGGAGUCCUUAACUUGCAAUGGGUUUACGAUGGCUCUCCGCAGCACCUCUCUUAGCAGGCGGCUCUCCCAAUCCCCUGUGGUUAUCAGCAAACCCAAGAAAGUCCCACCUUCCAGGAGUUUGGAAAAGCAACAUGGGUGCAAAGACAUGGGAGUAAAACACUCAGAAAAUGAUCCAGUCCCAAAAAAAGAUCCGCCAGUUCCCCCUGCUGUAGAGAAUCUAAUUAGUGUACAAAAUACAUCUUUAAUGAAUGGCAAGAGCCAAGAGGUAGCCCAGUCUUGGUCUCAAAGGGUAGAGGAUUCCAAAAUCAAUAUCCCUGUUCACAGUGGCUCUGGAGGAGGGGUCCUUGCUGGGCCCUUGGAGGGGACACAUUGUGGUGAAGGACUAUCAUCUGAACAGACACCAAAUGAUGUCGGUAGCUCCUCUAGAAUGUUUUCUCAGGACACUGUGUGCACUUCUUUGCCUCAAAGAGCAAUUCCGGAAGUUACUUAUCAAAGAAGCGCUAACAUUCAGUUAGAAGACUUAGGUUCACGUGUUGAAUCUCUUAAGCUGUCUGAUUCUUACCUGGGUCCCAUGAAACAUGAACGAAAUUACUGCCCCACCUCUGGUUUUAAUCACAUCACACCUGAAAUGGACCUUAGAAACUGCUUAUCUCUUGGUGGACCUAUAUAUCCUACUACGCUAAUAAAACUGCUCUUGGCAGGCUCAGAUCCAGAAACUCUGGGUGCUAAACCAGUUCCUCAAGAGGUCCUCAAAGCUACCCCAGAUGGAGAGGAAGUUCCUGAUACCACUGCUGUCCUAGGACAGGCCUUCAGUGCUUUCCCUCCUCAGUGGGUUUUCCCUGGUGCUAACCAAGUUCCUGGUGUGGCCUUGGGUGAGCUCCCAGACCCACCAGAGAUUGCUGGUGCUAUUUCAGUCCAAGGACAGGUCUUUGGUACCAUGCUAAACCAACAAGAAACCCUUGGUUUGGGUGUGGGUGCUGUCCCAGACCUUCCAACCUUCCUUCCUAGUCCUUCAAACACCAUUGCUACCUAUAGUGCUCCCCGCAACUGGCCUGAGCCCCACAGCACUGUUGCAUAUGGGCUUGAGGUCCAAGGUGCUAUGCCGAUUUUGCCUUUGGGUUCAGGACCUACUCCUCAAUCAUCCUCAUACUCAGAGCUAAGUUCCAUACCUCCAGUAAUAGCUGCAAGCAAUGUGGACAGUGAGAAACAGGUUCAUCUAAGCCUUCUUCCAGCUAACGUUCAGGGCUUUGCAUUUGCCCCUGAGAGAGGACUCCACCCUGCCUCCCUGGGUGUUGCCCAAGUCUCCCAGGCGGGUCCCAGCAUCUCAGAAAGCCAGAGUUCCCAGGGCAAUAUGACCAGCACAGUUGAUGUUGUCAGCAACACAAGGGUGCCUCUGCCAGUGUCAAUUGCCAGUAUCUCUGUUCCUUCCUAUACAACCUUACUACCAACCUUGGAAAAAAAGAAACGCAAGCGAUGUGGGGUCUGUGAGCCCUGCCAGCGGAAGACCAGCUGUGGUGAAUGUACUUACUGCAGGAACAGAAAGAACAGCCAUCAGAUCUGUAAGAUGAGGAAAUGUGAGGAGCUGAAAAAGAAGCCAGCCAUCAUCGUACCUGCUGAGGUUAUAAAAGAAAACAAGAGGCCCCAGAGGGAAAAGAAGCCAAAAGUUGUAAAGGCUGAUUGUCACAAGAAACCAGUAAAUGGCCCCAAGUCAGAAUCCAUGGAAUACGGCAGAUGUGGUCAUGGGGAAGAACAAAGAUUGGAUUUGAAUGCAGCUCCCCUUAAAAAUGUAACUCAGAAUGAAGAAAGCAUGACAGGUAUCGAGGUGGAAAAGUGGACACCAAACAAGAAAUCUCGUUUAACUGAUCAUGUCAAAGGAGACUUCAGUGCAAAUGUAACAGAAGCUGAGAAAUCAGAAACCUCUCGAGAUGACCAUAAACAAACCCAACCUUCAAAGUUUGCACAACCAGUAAGAAACGGCAUUAACAAUGUACACUAUUUACCAACUGAAACAAUGGUGUCUUUUAACAAAUUUAAAAUUGAAGAAUUUGGCAAGGCAUUCGAAAACCAUUCCUACAAAUUCCUAAAAGAUACUGCAAAACAUAACAAUGCCAUGAGCUCCACCACUUCUAGUGCAAAUUGUGAUAAUCUCAAGGAAAGAAGUGAUGUCUUAGUCUUCCAGAGGCCUCACUCUAAUUGUAAAUCUGUUGAAGAUUCUGCAAACUUAAAUAGUUAUUCUAUUUCACACAGUGAAGGUGGUCAUCCAAACACUCCUGAGAAUAUACCCAGUAAAGAACCAAAAGAUGGAUCUCCAGUUCAACCAAGUCUUUUAUCCCUUAUGAAAGAUCGGAGAUUAACCCUGGAGCAAGUAGUAGCCAUUGAGGCUCUUACACAACUCUCUGAAGCCCCAUCGGAGAAUUCCUCACCAUCUAAGUCAGAGAAUGAUGAAGAAACAGAUCAGAGAACAGCUAGUCUGCUUAAUAGUUGUAAAGCUAUCCUAUAUUCUGUCAAAAAAGACCUCCAAGCCCCACAUGUUCAAGGAGAGACAAAAAGCAUUCAUAGCCAUCCACCUUUGGAAAAGCAGAGUUCAUGCAAUACCGUGUUGUUCAAUGGCCAAAAUUCCCUGCCACUUGUCAGCUCAGCUACUAACCAAGCACCUGCAAAGCCACAGGAACAGGCAAAUGUCAAAAAUUCCCUAUCUGUUUUAAUACCAAAAUCAAAUUCAGCUACAAGUGAUACCAAUAAAAAUGUUGGAGAGAGAAGAACCCUUGAUAACUGUUCUAAGAAUUUGCAUCAAUUGCCUCAAAGAAUUAAUGAAUUGGGACAUUGCACCCGGUUACUGGAUGGCAGUAAAAAUUGGAAUUCAAAGGAUAAUCCAUCAUGUCAGGAUGCAUCCUAUAGUCAAAUUGAGGAAGACGUUGCAACACAAUUAACACAACUUGCAUCACUCAUUAAAUGCAAUCAUGGAAAGCCAGAGGAAAACAGUGCUGAAAGUACACCAACAAGCCUUGGUGCAUGUAACGUGCAGCACAAACACAGUCAAGAGAAAGGCAUAAAAGAACCGAAACUGGCUUCAAGUGUACAAAACAAUCAUAGCUUGCCAUUAUCAAAGCAAAAGAACCCAGCCCAGAAAAAGGCAAAAUCUACCCCAUCAAGAGAUCGCCGGAGAAAGAAGCCCACAGUCCCAGGCUCUCAAGAAAAUGAUCAGAAGAAGCAAAAACAGUUGUCCAAUGAGUACAGAAAUUUACAUGACAUUUGGAUAGCAUCCAAAUUUCAAAGAUUUGGACAAUUUGGUUCACACAAUUUUCCUCUUCUGCUGGGAAAAAUUCCUUCCUUUGCCCAAGUAUUGAAACCAUUGGCUCAAAGGAGUACAUCCCUACAACAGAAAAAGUUAUUUCCUCCACUCAGUCAGAUAAAGUUCCAGCGAUAUCCUGAAUUAGUCCGGGAAAAAAUGAAGAAGGUUGAGUCAUUGACUUCUUUCCCAAUGUUACAUACGAAGACAGAGUCCAAUGGACAGGUGUUUACAGAUACAGCUGGUAAUUCUCAGGUACAGUCAAUAGUGAAUGUCAGUGAGAAUGCUCAUCCUUUGUCCCAGCCCUCCUCUCCACCUAACCAGUGUGCCAAUGUGAUGGCUGGCAGUGAGCAGACACAUUUUCAACAUCAUGGUCAAGAGCACCUCGCGCCUCAGAGACUGCCAGCUUUGCCUGGUGUCUCUCAGGAGCUACCUAUACCAGACCCAACACCAAUUCUCAGGAAUCUGAACAUAGUGAGUUCAGGUAGACUUACCGUGGUUUCUCCCAAAAGGGAAGAGGACGUCUGUCCAUCAAGUGUUGGAGCAGCCCAAGUUUCCCCCGGACAAAGUGCACAGGAAAGGUUCAAUGAUUACUCCAUGAACUACUUUACUGACUCUGCUAAAAGCCUGGUGACUGCAACGCCAAAUUAUGAUGUGCCAACCUGUGACUGUAUUGAUCGAGGUACACAAAAAGACAAAGGCCCAUAUUAUACACACCUUGGGGCAGGACCAAGUGUUGCUGCUGUCAGGGAAAUCAUGGAGAAUAGGUAUGGCCAGAAAGGAAAGGCAAUAAGGAUAGAAAAAGUACAGUACACGGGAAAAGAAGGAAAAAGCUCUCAGGGGUGUCCAGUUGCUAAGUGGGUUAUAAGAAGAAGCAGUAAGGAAGAAAAGGUUCUCUGCUUGGUCCGGGAGCGUCCAGGCCACCACUGUCAAACAGCUGUGAUCAUCAUUCUUAUCAUGUUGUGGGAGGGCAUCCCCCUGCCCAUGGCUGACCGACUGUACACGGAGCUCACCCAGAGUCUAAAGUCCUACAAUGGCCACCCAACAGACCGAAGAUGUACCCUCAAUGACACUCGGACCUGUAUAUGUCAAGGCACUAAUCCCGAGACCUGUGGCGCUUCCUUCUCUUUUGGCUGCUCAUGGAGCAUGUAUUUCAAUGGAUGCAAAUUUGGUAGAAGCCCAAGCCCCAGAAGAUUUAGAAUUGAUCCAAGCAUGCCCUUACAUGCCUACUAUGAAAGAAUUUCUAGAGGAUCUAAUCGAAAAAGAAAAUGUUUUAAACCAGAACGAAUCUGUCCUGAACACAAGGCCAUGGUGAGCAAAGAGGAAAAAAAACUUGAAGAUAAUUUGCAGAGUUUGGCUACAGAAUUAGCUCCAAUCUAUAUGCAGCUUGCCCCAGUUGCUUACCAAAAUCAGGUGGAAUAUGAACAUGUUGCCCAAGCUUGUCGCCUCGGUACCAAGAAUGGUCGUCCUUUCUCUGGUGUCACUGCUUGCCUGGACUUCUGUGCUCACUCCCACAGGGACAUUCACAACAUGAAUAACGGGAGCACUGUGGUGUGUACUCUAACCCGCGAAGACAACCGCUCCCUGGGCGUAGUCCCAGAGGAUGAGCAGCUCCACGUCCUCCCGCUGUACAGACUGGCGGACACUGAUGAGUUCGGCUCCAGGGAAGGGAUGGAGGAGAAGAUCAGGUCCGGGGCCAUUCAGGUCCUGCAGCCUUCCCGCAAGAAGAGAACCCGCUUUACCCAGCCGGUCCCCAGAUGUGGGAAGAAGAGGUCGGCCAUGAUGACCGAGGUUCUGGAUCGGAAGAUAAGAGCUGUGGAGAAGAAGCAACUCAAGAGGAAGAAUCCCUCGGCCUCAGGAAACACCAGUACAGAGAACACUAAAAGCUGCUCUUCGGUCCCCUGCACUCCUCUCCCAGUGAAAGAGGCAAACCUGUGUCCAGCCUUCUGGCCUCUGCAGGCAGCAUCCAUGAAAACGACUCCAGUGAGGUGCAAUAAAGCAGCCUCACCUGGGAUCUCAGAAAGAAGUGGCAUCUACCCCUGCACAAUGCCUUCUGGUGCUAAUGCAGCUGCUGGUGAAUGCUCUGGUGCUGUCCAGCCUGGUGACAUGGCUCCUCCUCCCACCCUGUCUCCUCCAGGAACUGAGCCCCUUGCUUCCUCUGAGCCUGCCACUGGUCUAUCUGGGCAGCUCCCUUGUUGUGUGCCAGCCCAGCAACUCCCAGACCUUGCUUUUCCUGCAGGCCUGGCUCCCUGUGUAGGGGAAGAGGAUGAGCAGCAUUCUGAAGCAGAUGAGCCUAUGUCAGAUGAUCCCCUGUCAGAGGACGCCCUGUCUCCUGCAGAGGACAGAGUGGCCCACGUUGAAGAGUACUGGUCAGACGAUGAGCCCAACUUCUUGGAUCCCAACAUUGGUGGGGUGGCCAUAGCACCCACUCAUGGCUCAAUCUUGAUUGAGUGUGCACGCCGAGAGCUUCAUGCCACCACUCCUGUCUUGAACCCAAACCGCUGUCACCCCGCUCGCCUCUCCCUUGUAUUUUACCAGCACAAAAACCUAAACUUGCCCCAACAUGGUUUCGAACUCAACAGGAUUAAGUUUGAAGCUAAAGAAGCUAGGAAUAAGAGAUUGAAGGCCUUAGAGCAGAAAGACCAGGCAGCUAUGGAGGGUGGUGGGCAGCCCCCACCAGGAAAUGAAUUGAACCAAAUUCCUUCCCAUAAAGCAUUAACGUUAACCCAUGACAACAUUGUCACCGUGUCCCCUUAUGCACUCACACAAGUGGCGGGGCCCUACAACCAUUGGGUCUGAAGGCUUUUCUCCCCUCCUUAAUGCCUCUGCUAGUGCAGUGUAUUUUUUCAAGGUGCUGUUAAAAGAAAGUCAUGGUGUCGUUCACUCUAUCUUCAUCUCACCCAUUUCCAGUCAGAGGUAAAAAUUUAAAAAAUGGGGUGGGUACUUAACUGUGACUAUAUUUUGAAAAUUGGUAGAAGGUGCACAUUUUAAGCAAAAAUAAAAAGUUUUAUAGUUUUAAAUACAUAAAGAAAUGUUUUGGUUAGGUGUUAACAUUGAUAGAAUCACUCAGUUUGGUGCUUUAAAUUAAGUCUGUUUACUAUGAAACAAGAGGAUUUUAACAGGUUCCUGUUCUGUGAUGUAAAAUCAAAACACACAGUGUUAACUCUACACAGCUCUUGGUGCUUUACCACAUCAACACAGUAAAACAUAAGCUGAAUUUUUAUU